GUGGGGCAGGCCGACUAAUGAGCGCCUUGAGAUGCUGACACAGCCCCACGCCCAGCUCCGGCUCCCUUGCCAGGCUAUUAAGCUGGCCGCCAUGGAGGCUGGGUGGAGGAGGACCUGAACGGUAGAGGCACGGCGGCUGCUCUGCUGUUGCUGCUGGAGAAAACCCUGCCGCCGCCCGGCUUCCGGGCCAUUUUUAGGCUGCUUGUCUUUCUGUUUCCCCUCCCUCGGAUUGGUCCCUUCUGUGAAACCUGCCAGCCGUCAAAGAGCCUUAUGGGUCUCUGACUGAUCGUCUGGUUGGCUGGAUCCGCUGGGGGCUGCCCCACACCAACAGCCUUCCCUCCCCCUUAGGGCCCCGUCCGGCGGAAAGAUGGUGAAGGAAACGGGCUACUAUGACCUGCUGGGCGUCAAGCCCUGUGCCACGAUGGACGAGAUCAAGCGGGCGUACCGGCGCCUGGCACUCAGAUACCAUCCGGACAAGAACCCCAGCGAGGGGGAGCGGUUCAAACAGAUCUCACAGGCGUACGAGGUCCUCUCGGAUCCUAGCAAGAGGUCCGUCUAUGACCGAGGCGGGGAACGGGCCAUGAAGGAGGGUGGCACAGCCGGGCGGGGCGGCUUCGGGGCCCCGAUGGACAUCUUUGACUUGUUCUUUGGAGGAGGGGGCCGCACGCAGGGCCCCAGGGUGGAGAGGAGAGGCAAAACGGCCAUCCACCUGCUGACCGUCACCCUGGAGGACCUGUACAAUGGGGCCACCCGGAAGCUUUCCCUGCAGAAGAAUGUCAUCUGCAGAAGCUGUGGGGGCCGCGGCGGUAGGGAGGGUCUUGACGUCCGAUGUCCCAAGUGCCAUGGGUCUGGCAUGGAGGUCAUUGUCCACCAGCUGGGGCCCAACAUGGUGCACCACAUCCAGGCCAUGUGCUCGCAGUGCCAGGGCCAAGGAGAAUGGGUGCGGCCCCUUGACCGAUGCCUCGCCUGCAACGGCCGGAAGGUCAUCCGGGAGAAGAAGAUCCUCAACGUCCACCUGGACAAAGGCAUGGCCGACCGGCAGAAGAUCACCUUCCACCAGGAGGGGGAUCAGGCUCCCGGAUUUGAGCCCGGAGACAUUGUGAUUGUGCUGGAUCAGAAGCCACACCCGGUCUUCCAGCGCAGUGGCAGCGACCUCAUCGUCCGGCGGGAGGUGCCGCUGGUGGACGCCUUGUGUGGUUGCAAGCAGGUCAUCCGGACCCUGGACAACCGGAGGCUCCUGGUCUCUUCGCGGCCCGGCUGCGUGAUCAAACCGGGGGACAUCCGGUGCAUCCCGAACGAGGGGAUGCCCGUCUACCGCAGCCCCGGCCAGAAGGGGAGGCUGGUCAUCCACUUCGAGGUACGGAAGCCCUCGGCUCCCCCCAGCCAACUCCUUUGGGGAAGUCUCGGUGAAAUUCCCGGAGCCCGGCUGGCUGCCCUCCCACCAGCUGCGCCAGUUCCAGUCCUUCUUCCCCCGACACGAAGAGGUGAUGGCCACCGAGGACAUGGAGGAAGUGGAGCUGCGGGAGUAUUUCCCCCAGCCGGAUUUCUCCGGCCGUCGCUUCCAGAGUGAAUUCAACCAUGAAGGCGACUUUGAAGAUCCUCUGCGCCACAACGUCCAGUGCCAAACCUCGUAGCCCAGCAGACAGAGCCCCCCCCUUCCGUGUGGCCUCGCAAGUUGGGGUGGGGGGUGAAGCCCAGAAUGCCUUAAGAAGCACAAUUGCCGGUGGAUGUCCAGUCAGAGCGGUCAAGGGUGCAGAAAGUCCCUCCUUUGGCCAAAGGUCUCCAACCCUCUGGAGGUUGGCUGCCUCUGAAAAUCCCUGUUUAGCUUAGGGAGGCCCCCAGCCUAGAAAUCAACUUUAGAGCCUCAGCCGGACAUUUCCCCUUUGUGCCCGACUGCUCUGGGCCUGCCCUAGUUUGCAGGUUCGGACGAUAAUGCUGGUUUCUCUCUAGGAGACCCCAACUCCAAAAAGAAACAAAACACUCAGCCCCUCCCCGUCUGCUGCAAGGCAGCUUCCUUUGCCUCCAGGGUUAGUCCUGACCUUGGCAAGGUGUCCCAGGGGCCGUGGGAACGUGUUCCGUCUCCCGGCUGAUUUCUAGGCCAUUUCAAAGUCUAGCCAAGAUGGGGGGGGGUCUUGCAGACAAGCCAGGUGGCGGCUGACAGGCAGGGAGUUGGACCUCGGCACGUCUUGGGAGCCCCGGCAAGGGAAGACCCUCUGUUGACACCCAUGGGGGACCCCUUCAGCUGCCGGUCUGAUGGUGGGUGGGGUCGUGGCCCCCCCUUUGCUUUUAAGUGCCUUCCCGGUUGUGCCAUUCAUCCUGGGUGCUGCCCCAUCCUUUCUCCACAAUUGCAUUCGGAAUAAUAGCCCCCCUUUUUUAGGUCGUAUAGUCAGUGUUAGGUGUUAGCGGGGGUGGGGUGGGGGCCCUCUCGGCCUGGUGGGGUUGUCCAGGGUGGUCCUGCUGGCCCUGAGUCCCCGUCUGGCAUGUGGGGCCAGGUGAGACGAGAGCCGACCCUCCUUGGUUUCCAAACCCAGCAAAGCUGCUGAGGAACUUCUGGGGUUCGUUCCCCACUUUUUUGCUUUUCCUCUUUUUUUUCCGCUUCUGCUCUUCUCUACCUCCUGUUUGCAAAUCGCCUGGAAGAAGCGCAAAGACUUUGGAGCGUCUGUGGGAGUCGGAGGAGGCCCCAGGUGGCUCUCCGGGCUCUUGCAGAACUUCACUUGAAUUUUGCUUCAAGGGAAACAAGGAGAUUCUCCAGA